AUGUUGGCACAUCCCGAACAGUUUUCAAGGCUUAUCGAUGGUCCUGAACGGAUUAGGGAGAGUGUUCAAGUUUCAAAACCAAUCACCGGUUGCCCUGAUGGAAUCACCAAAACAGUGUGGGAUGUGCUGACUCGUAGUGCUCAACUCAAUCCAAAUGGUCCACUUUUUGGAGAGAAUGUGAAUGGAAGACACGUAUUUACCACCUAUCGUGAAGCAAUUGAAGAGGCUACUAUUAUCGGUUCCGGUAUUUUGGCAACAAUGCAGAAGUUGCAUUCCACAAACAAAUUGAUCGGGAUCGCCGGAAUUCAUUCGAGAAAUUACAUGCACACAAUGCAUGCCAUCUCUGGAUUCGACCUUACUACAGUACCACUUUAUCAUCAGUCGAAAUUAGAGACACUUUGCGACAUCAUCGAUAACUGCAAGCUCGAAAUCAUUUUCUGUGAAAACGCGUCGCGUGCCGAAGGGUUUCUGUCGUCCAAAACUCCAGAACGUCUUCAAACUUUGAAGACGUUGAUUAUUCUGGAUAAGACGACGACUCUUCAGAAGCAUGAUGAUGUGGAAAUUAUGAGUCUUGAUGAAUUCAAAGAGAUUGGAAAGAAAAACAAGAGAAAUCCAGUGAAACCAAAGCCUGAGACGAUUUAUGUUAUCUGUCAUACAAGUGGAACAACUGGAAGACCAAAAGGAGUUGAAAUGUCUCAUGGAAGUCUCCUGGCUGCAGUUUCUGGAAUCUUCACUUCGUGGACAAUCGCUUAUAAAUGGAAGUUCGGACAGGAAGACACUUAUUUCAGUUUUCUCAGUUUGGCUCAUAUCUACGAACAUCUUAUGCAGACAUUGGCUAUUUAUUUCGGAGGAAGAAUUGGAAUUUACGAUGGAAAUACGGCUACAUUGAUACCACAGAUUCAGAAGUUGCAGCCUACUAUUGUUUCAUUGGUGCCACGUCUUCUGAAUAAACUCUAUGAAGCUGUGCACAAUGGAGUGGCAAAGAAGGGUUUCAUUGCGAGAAAAUUGUUUGAGUAUGCUAAGAGAACUAAAACCCGUCAACUUCAAAACGGAGUUCUGCGAUACGACACUUUCUUUGACAAAAUCGUUUUCAAGAAACUCAAACUAAUGCUCGGAGGGAAGAUCAAGGUGCUCACCACCGGUGGUGCUCCAGUCACAAAAGAGGUCAAAACGUUCACAAGAUAUGCAUACGGAUGUCCAUUAGUGGAGGGAUACGGUCAAACAGAAUGCAGUGCAGCAGGAACAUUGACUCUUCCAUGGGAUACUACUUAUGGAAAUGUUGGUGGACCAGCUCCAUGGUCUCAAGUGAAAUUGGUCGAUGUUGUGGAGAAAAACUACAUGGCAGUGAAUGAUGAGGGAGAAGUUUGUUUCCGUGGAGCUGCUCUGAUGACAGGAUACUUUCAAGACCCUGAAUUAACUGCAAAAACUAUUGAUUCCGAGGGUUGGCUUCACACUGGUGACAUCGGCAAAUGGCUUCCAACUGGUGCUCUCCAAAUCAUUGAUCGUAAAAACGAGAUGUUCAAACUGUGUCAAGGAGACUUUGUUUCUCCAAUUCAAAUCGAAGCUAUCUACGCAAACUCUCCACUAAUCACUCAAAUUUAUGUCACCGGAAAUACCGAAAGAUCGUUUUUAGUUGGAAUUGUGGUGCUUGAUUUGCCACGUUUCAAACAGCUCCCAGUAGUGAAAGCAUUGGAUGGAAAAGAGGGAAUCGAGGUGAUUAUGGAGAAGAAGGAAGUGAAAAAUGCAGUGAUUGCCGAGUUGAAUAAGUAUGCAAAGGAGAAUGGACUACAGACAAUUGAACUCAUCAGAAACGUUCAUUUGACACUGCAGGAAUUCAGUGAAGAAAAUGGGCUCGUGACCUCCACACUCAAAAAUCGUCGUAAGAUUUUGGAAGACUACUUUGCACCACAGAUUGCAAAGAUGUAUAAGGAGAUCGAGUCAUUGUAA